AUGUUAAUCAUGAAACAAAUAUUAAUUUUAGCCUCGAUACUAACAAUAUUAGCACACUGUGCUAAAUUAAAAUCCACAUUCAUAAGCAAAAAAGCGGAGCCUGAUUGGUGGACGCAUUCGAUAGUCUAUCAAAUUUAUCCGAGAUCGUUCAAAGACAGCGACAAUGAUGGCAUAGGCGAUUUACAAGGAAUUAUACAAAAAUUGAAUUACUUAGCUGACUUAGGAGUCGACGCUAUUUGGCUGUCUCCGAUUUAUAAAUCUCCGAUGGUCGAUGGUGGCUAUGAUAUUAGCGAUUAUGAAGCUAUAGCUGAGGAAUAUGGGACUUUAGAUGAUUUCAAAGAGCUCCUAUCUAAGGCUCACAACUUAGGCCUCAAAAUCAUCAUGGACUUUGUCCUAAACCACUCCAGCGACCUCCACGAGUGGUUUACAAAAUCCGUCACCCGAGAAACUGGAUUUGAGGAUUUCUACAUCUGGAACGAUGGAAUUCUAGAUGAAGAAGGAAACAAACAGCCUCCAAAUAACUGGUUGAGUCUCUGGGAUAACUCCGCGUGGGAAUGGAACGAAAUCAGACAACAAUACUAUUUCCAUCAGUUUUCCAAACAACAACCUGAUUUGAACUACAGAAACCAUUUGGUUCGUCAAGCAAUGGAGAACGUUCUCAUCUACUGGCUGGAUUUGGGUGUAGAUGGUUUCAGAGUAGACGCAUUGCCUCACCUGUACGAAGACGAAUUGUUAAGAGACGAACCCGUAAUAAACUCUGACGUUCCCAACAGCUACAACUCGUUAAAUCACACUUACACCAAAGAACAACCAGAGACGUUUGAGUACAUGUACAACUUAAGAGACAUUAUGGACAAUUACACUCAAAGAGUUGGAGGAGACACGAGGAUUUUCAUGACAGAGUGUUCAAGUCCUGUUGAGCUAAUAAACAAAUAUUAUGGCAAUGGGACUAGAUUGGGUGCUCAUUUUUCAUUUAAUUUCAAUUUUCUGGCCCUAAACGAGAAUUCAACAGCCAAAGAUAUUUAUAUAGAAGCCGCGGAAUGGUAUACUACUAUUAAUAUUACUUACACCCUUAAUUGGUUGACUGGUAACCACGAUAAUCACAGGGUAGCUUCUAGAGUAGGCUCGAAAAAUGUAGAUGCAUACAAUAUGCUAAUUGCCUUUCUAGAUGGAGUUACUGUUACUUAUAUGGCCGAAGAGAUUGGUCAAGAGAAUGGAGAAGUCACUUGCGAAGAAGGCCAAGAUCCUAGUGCUAUAGGAAAUUGCACUACAUUUGCCCAGGUUAGUAGGGAUUUUGAGAGAACACCGUUUCAAUGGGACAGCAGUGUCAAUGCUGGGUUUAACCAAGGCACUAAGCCUUGGCUUCCAGUUGGCUCUAAAUAUUUAGAAACAAAUUUAGCUGCUCAAGUUGACGAUGAGAAUAGUCAUUAUAAUAUUUACAAAACGAUGAUUGGUUUGAAACCUUUGCUUCAAUCUAAUGAGUUAAUUUCUUUGGCUUAUGACGAAAACGAUGGGGUUUUUAGUGCUAGUAGAGUGAGUUUGGACCCUUCAAAGCCUAAAUACGUUUUUAUUUAUAAUGUGAAUGUGACAAAGUACGCACCAAGAUACGCUGGAUAUAAUAUAAUGUUGAAGAGUGGUAAUUUGGAUGUCCAGCCUGGGAAGCUUUUGAUUCUCAAACCUGGUGAUGCUGUUAUUUUGGAAUUGGAAAAUGACGGCGAUGAUUCAGAUGUAGAUGUGAAGUUAGGUCAAUAA